UCGCUAUUAGUAAAAUGGAAUACGAUUCUGACAACGAAGAAUAUAAUGACGACAUGUUCGAGGAUGUUACGGAGCCACCUUCGCUUUACAAGUAGCAGCCUGUAGGCUCUUUUGUCUCUGUGGCAAAGUAGUUUGGGUGCUUAAUAUUGAUUCUAACAUGAAUAUACAUAUUAUUCUCAGUGAGUUCUGGCGCUAUUCAGGUCACACCUGGCUAAUUGUACCGGAAGUACCACUUGUUUUCGCCAGCCAUUCCCGACUAAAACUGGACAUGCAUGUAGUUAGUGCUCUUUAUGUUAGCAGGCCUGCCUGUUCCUUCGGCGGUUGCCAAGACAGGGUGUCAUACUGUGCGCAGUAAUGCUGACAGUGCCGAAGAAAUUCCAUUCCUCCGCACCUUGUGUGUCAUUAUCCUUUGGAAGCAGUAGUACAUUCGAGCACAGCGGAUGGUUUGUACCGGAGCAUAGCCCUCAAGCCGGUAUUGCCAAAUACGCUAUUCAAUCCUUCUGUGCCGACCAGGUGGUAGAGGGUGUCCUUUUCCUGAUGCCUGUUAGAGUGCUGGCUUGGCAACGGCCAGGACCUACAUACUAGCGGCACAACAAAAGGUGCUCGGCCAAUUUUCUCACCACCUGAGCGCACAUUUUUGGCUUUUUCUUAGCCGGGUUUAGGCCACAAUCAGGCCUAUUAUUAGUAACAAUGAAUGAGCCCUAUUUCCC